AAACAACCAUGAAUAUAUUUAUUUUAGUAUUUUAUAAUUUUUUUUUUUAACAAUCUUAAAAUUUAACCGUACUUACACUAUUUAAAUAACUGAGAUUUAAGUAAACAGCAUUUUUAACUGACCAAACUCUAGAUAAAAACAAUGUCUCAAGUAAAAGAAUGUUUACAAACACAAUCAUUUGAAGUACGAAAAUACAAUAUUUUAAUAAUAACGUUGUAAUGCAGUGUUACAAUUGUUCAAUACUGCCUAAUGCCGUUCCUAAAGCUUGUUUACAAAAAGUUGAAAAAAAAACUUGUAGAUUUGAAAAUAUAAAGGCUUGCCAAACUCUAAAGAAUCAAUUCAAAUAUAUACAGCCGAGUCGAAGGGAAUCUUGCAAACCAACCUUGAAAUCGAACGUGAGUGAUGUACCAUUUACUGAUGACUCUGUAUACAAUCAUUCAUAUUACCAUCACGAUGUGUGUGAAAAUCGGACAGAGCCCGUUGUACAUAAAGACCAUUUAGUCAUGGCUGGAAAAUUUCAAGAUCAAACGUCUCAAAGGAUGAGUUACCCAGUACAAUGCGUAUCAAUGGUACAGAAAGUCGUGCCCAAAAACAAUUGUCUAGGAGGCCAAGGACCGAUGCGGAUGAUGACUACCCAGAAACACGAUUAUUACGGACCGUGCAACUACGACGGUUUCGGACGUAGCAAGAAAAUUGUACAGUCUGACAGCCUCGUGAUCAAUUCUGACUGUCCGAUGGUGGGGCUCACCACAAAUUCUUGUUCUUACCAACCCGUGUAUGGAAAGCGGCAGAAAAAUUUUAAACCAAACCAAUGUUAUACCACUCCGUUGGAAAAAAUGGACCUAAACACAACUAACAGAUCUAGCUACAAAAAAAUAGAAAAACAGGAAAAAAUCCAAACGCCAUGGGCUGCAAAACUAAGCUAUUGUAAACCGAAUAAUACUACAAAUUACUGUACGAUGUAUAACUACAGUUACAAGGAACCAGGUGCGUACACGUAUAAGGAUAAUUGUGGUGAUACAGCUAAUCUCAAUGUGGACAGUAAUUUAGCCAAAAACUGUUGUCCGUUAACCUGCCUGGCUGAUAAUGUUGAUAGCGAACUUAAAUCAAAAUUUACAAAAGCCCAUCACUUCGAUGAUUAGUCAUUUAAGCCACUACAGCCAGUUUACUAUGCAGUAUGUAACAGACGGUUGCCGGGUUUCAUAGAUCGCAAGUUGACUUCAAUAACACUUUUCAUUGGAAAACAUUUUUUAAAAAUACAGAUAGCAAAUAUUACGUAAAUCAAUUGUGAUAUUAAAAAUUUAAAUAAAUUAACAAGUUAUUAAUUUUA